CGACAGCCCGCUUACCUCGCCGCGUGUGGGCCCGCAAUCCCGCGCCCACGGCUCGCAGACCACCGCCUCGUUUGUGUGGUGGAAACUCGCGGCGGACCGCCACCGGGGCAGCCGCAAAGAUGGCGCGCCGCCGCCAGUGUCGCGGCAGCCUGGCCUGCCGUAAGGCCAGGGGCAAGGGCAUGCUGGGCUUUUGCGCCGCCCUCGCUAUGGCUGGGGUGGCCAUCGAGUCGAAGCGCUACUUCGCGGGCGAGCUGCACGUGGAGGUGGAGCAGGAGGGCCAGACGCAUCGGCGCCUCCAGAUGGUCGAGGACCGCGCAUGAAUCACAUUGUCGCGCCGCGUCGCCACGCCUCCGACGCGGCGCCGGCUCGAUCGCGCGACUCACCGGUUGACUCCACGCACAGGCCAGCGACGCCUUCAUCGAGAACAAGUCGCGGUGCAAGGCCAAGAACCAGCGCCGGGCCAAGCUCAAGGAGUCCCACAGCAACCACAAGAAGAACGCCGACUGCAACCGGGGCAUGGUCAUCUUCCACAUCCUGGGCGUGAUCUACAUGUUCCUGGGGCUCAUGAUCGUCUGCGACAACUUCUUCGGGCCGGCGCUCGACGUCAUGGUCGACAAGUGGUCCAUCGACGACGACGUCGCCGGCGCGACGUUCAUGGCGGCCGGCGGCAGCGCGCCCGAGCUCGCGACGUCGUUCAUGGGCCGCUUCGUCUCGAAGUCGGACGUGGGCUUCGGGACGAUCGUGGGCAGCGCAGUCUUCAACGUGCUCUUCGUGAUUGGGCUGUGCGCCCUGGUCGUGCCCGGCGGCGAGGUGCCGCUCACGUGGUGGCCGCUCUUCCGCGACUGCUCGUAUUAUAUCGUCGGGCUCGCGGUUUUGGCGGUUCUCGUGAAGGGCGCGGACUCGAUGAACUGGUGGGAGGCCUGUGUGCUGUUCCUCAUGUACAUCGGCUACGUGACGAUCAUGUUCUUCAACGAGAAGCUGGAGACCUUCUUCACGAAGCUCUUCAAGAUGGAGAAGAACGCGAAGGUGCGCGACGACCCGAAGCCCGUGGAGGGGGAGAAGCUCGAGAAGGGCGAGGGCGGCCCCGACGGCGCCGAGGAGGAGGGCGGCGGCGAUGGCGGCGACGACGACGACGACGACGAGUGGGACGACCCCUGGGAGAUGCCCGACGAGAAGCCGGCCUGCGUGCUCUGGGUCGUGUGCCUGCCGCUGAACGCGAUGCUGUACGGCACGCUGCCGGACGUCGCGCGGCCGGUCGACGACAAGCCCGGGCGGACCGUGCCGUGGAUGCCGGCGGGCGAGGACUACUUCAUCGUCACCUUCUUCGCCUGCCUGCUGUGGCUCAUCGUCUUCAGCUACUGCAUGGUCGUCUGGGUCACGAUCAUCGGCGCGGUCUUCGGCAUCUCCGACUACAUCAUGGGCCUGACGAUCCUGGCGAGCGGCACGUCCAUCCCCGACGCGCUCAGCUCCAUGUACAUGGCCAAGGAGGGCCGCGGCGACAUGGCCAUCUCGUCCUCCAUCGGCUCGAACGUCUUCGACAUCCUCGUCGGCCUGCCCGUGCCGACGAUCAUCAAGUACAUCGUGGUCGCGGCCCAGGGCAACAACCUCGACAAGCUCGCGCGCUGGAACUUCGACACGGCGGGCAUCGUCUUCGACACGGUCCUCCUGCUGAUGAUGGUCGCGCUCAUCGUUACGAGCAUCAUGCUCACGAACUGGGUACUGAACAUCAAGCUGGGGACGAUGAUGUUCUUGCUGUACUUCAUCUUCCUGGUCGUGUGCAUCCUCAACAAGGUGACGGGCGUGGCCGCGUGAGCGCGCCGCCCCGGUUCACCCCCAGCUUCCCCCCGUCGGCGGACGCGCCUAGUAAAUGCUUAUAGUACUACCUACCG